CGACACCAAAAAAGUUCGCGUGUCCAAACAAAUCUGCACAAACCCGACAAGGUCAAAAGUGUUAUGAGAAUUUGAUGGGAUCGAAAUAAAAAAUUGGAUCCAAUUUGUUGUUUGUUGUUUAAUUACUUUUGUGCACUAAUAUGGAACAAUACAGAUGAAGGACACAUGGUUAAUUUGUAGAAAUGUAAACUAUUAUUUGUUUUAAUUUGCAUACCUACACCUUUAUCUUUGGAGCUCUACUUAGUCGGCCCUUGGCCCACUGUAGAAAAUUCCUGCAGAGCUUUUUAGUUUGGAAGCUCAAAGACGGAUGGCACCAGUAGCAACGAAAUCCUGCGAGGCGUUUCUGGUGCAAAACCAUCAUCAGAUGUCGUCACGAAUAUUUCCUGCCUAUUUCCCGAGCUGAAAAACCUGUUUGAAUGAAAUGAAUGUUAUUCGAAACUUGGCCUUAGCAGCGGGCGCAGGCAGGCAGGCAGGCAGGAGUUCAAAAAUCGGAGUUCGCUCCUAACGCCGGUUUCGUACGGACGGACCUUCGGGCAGGAUUGUGCCGCCAAACACACGCUUAAUAACCGUAACAAUAAAGAGAGAAAAUAAUAUAUAAAUGACUCAGACAGAGCUUUUUUUUUUCCUGCAAUUUUGUGUGAAUGUGACUUAGUGCGUGGAUUUUUGACUGAUUUUUUUUUAAUCACUGAAGAGGUGCACCAACUAAAUGCAAUAGGUACCCCUACCGCCGCCAUCAAACAAAGACCAAGAAAGAGAUAAACCAAACACAUAACGGAAGACAACAAAAUCGCGUUUUUAGUCGACUGAGUAUAAUUUAGUCAUCGACGCGACUCGUGGUGGUACCAAGCUUCGAAGAACGAUUGGUACUUACUCUGAUAAUAAUUAUUGUGCCAAUUAAAAUGUUCUAACUCAAAUUCAAAAAUGAAUUUUCGUGCCAAAUUAAUAAAGUGUCAGUAUUACUUGAGACUUGCUACCUACUCAGUUAUGAUUCAAAUUUGUUAAAAGUGAUAAGAUGCCAACGAAAAGGCAGUACGAUUUGGUGCAAAAUGACGAGUACGACACCAGGAUACCGUUGCAUCCGGAGGAAGCAUUCCACCAUGGUAUCACUUUUCAAGCAAAGUAUAUCGGUAUGUUAGACGUUCCAAGACCGACAAGUCGAGUGGAAAUUGUAGCUGCCAUGCGUCGAAUACGAUAUGAAUUUAAAGCCAAAGGAAUCAAAAAGAAAAAGGUGACCAUAGAAGUAUCCGUUGACGGAGUCAAAGUUACGCUAAGAAAAAAGAAAAAGAAACGACACUGGAACGAUGACAAAUCAAACAUACUUCAUCAUCCAAUUUAUCGAAUAUUUUACGUUUCGCACGACUCCCAGGAUCUUAAGAUAUUCAGCUACAUUGCUAGAGAUGGUGCUUCUAAUAUGUUCAAGUGUGCAGUAUUCAAAGCCCAUAAAAAGAGUCAGGCGAUGCGCGUAGUGCGCACCGUGGGCCAAGCAUUUGAAGUGUGCCAUAAACUGUCGAUUAGUGCUCCAGAAGACAAUAAAUUUGAUGACGAGCGAGACACUACGUUGACGCAAGAUUUACUCAGCGAUCGACUUAGUGAUGCACCUAGUGAUAAGCCGAAAAAAGAUAUUACAUUGGAAGGGGCGAAUGGCGACAAGAAUUCCUUACCUCCUGAUGACAACUCUAGCCUUAAAGACAUUUAUCCGGAUAGCAAUAUUAAGAAAAUCAAACCUCCACCUCAUUUAGACAUGUUACUACCGCCCCCACCGAGUUCAAGAAAAAUUUCACCUCUGCAGGCUGAAACGUACGCGUCACCCCACAGUGACAAUUUAGCAAGUAACUCAACAGGCAGCAACUCUCUACCUCCACCAGGAAGCGCUCUAUCCUCGCACCACGAAAUUCAACUGUUACGAGAGCAACUAGAUCAGCAAAGGCAACAAACCCAAGCUGCCAUGGCACAGCUGCAGCUGGCCAGGGAACAGCUGCAAGCAGAACAGACUGCUCGGAUGGAAGCUCAAGCGCGCACGCACCAACUCCUGGUACACAACCGAGAACUCCUGGAUCACAUAGCCGCGCUGGUGGCACACUUGCAAGGCGGCGAUAAGCCAGGACAACAGCCCAGCCCGCCGCAUAUGACUAUGCCUCAGGACAAUCAACCACUAGACCAAUUACCUCAGAUAGACCCUCUGGUGCUCCAAGCCCUCAAUCUACCAUCAGGCAUCUACGAAAACCGCGCAACAAUACAAUCUCCCGUGAGAACCACUUUCAACCCUGCAGGCAGCGGUUUGUUCAACUUCUCAUAUCCUCCAACUGAAAUGAAUUACGAAAAUCAACUUUUACAACGUCUAGGAUAUCCGGCGCCGCUAUCUCCUCACUAUCCAUACAAUUAUCCGCCGAUGGUCAAUCAAUGGAUGUCACCUCCUCAGUACAAUCCUUACGCUUCCCUACCGAGGAGUUUUAGUAAUAUCGCUAAUUCAUCGAGACACAGUGAGCCUCGUCAGGUGUACAAUACUCAGGAUUUAGGACAACCUGAACAAACUCCAAAGUAUACUCAAUUAUCGGUGCCAACUAUGCAACGUAGACAUUCUAGUAUUAAUUUGCAAGCGCAAGACGCUCCUAAUCGUCCACAAAGAGGCACGCCUGAACAACCUCCAAAUGAAGCUCAAUUCAUAAAACCACUAUCACAAGUGGGCACUUUAACUACGACGGAUUCGGAAGGUAGAGUACGAGUGAUAGUGCCGGUACCGUCGAAUUCGGAGGACGGUGAUCAGCUGUCUAAGUUGAGGAUCAGCGACGAGCUGAGGUUGAUGAACGGUCCCGGACUUUCCAGGUCUACAAGUGAAAGGGUGCCGAAUAGGAGCGAGCUGAUGUCGCAAAUGCAAAGGACUAUGUGGGCUAGACACACUACAAAAUAGUUUUUUUUUUUUUAAAUUAGAUUAUGUAUUUAAUGUUGCCAUAAUAAAAUCAAGUAUUUUUAGUUUAUUUAUGUAUGAAGCAAUUAAUAGAGAGUUGAAUAAUUGUGAAAUUCUCUUCGAGUCAGUGGCGUAUACAGUGGAGUAUGGGGGGGCAAACAAAGAGAGCGAAACCAUAUUUCAAGUUUUAAGAAUGUUUAGAAAGCUGGAAACCUAUAAAAAAAUCACACUUUUGUCUUUGUCCCAAGAACUUUAACCUCAAACAGUAUAUCAUUAGUGGUUGAGUUGAUGUAUUGUUUUUUUUUUUGUUCUAAUAAAUAAAUAUUCAUACAAAAUCAAUAAGAUUAUAUACAGGGUGUUUUUUAUAUAUUGACACCCCACCUAGAGCCUUCACCUUUACAAGUAGAUGGAAGGUGUAAAUACAAAAGUUGUACACUUUAUUUUUUCCCAAGAUAGAUUUUGACAUUGAAAACUUUGAAACAUAAACAAUAACGCUUGACCCUGAUUGGUCGUAAAAUAAGGUAUUUCUGCAGGUUGACAUCAGUUUUAUAAUAGCGACCAAUAAGCGGCAUUAGCGGCAUUGUUUAUGUUUAUAAGUUGGCAAUGCCAAAAUCUAUCUUGGAAAAAAAUAAACCAUACAGUAUUAGUUAAAUUUUUAGAAUCCAUGGUCAAAAACAAAAAUUGAAUGUCAGAAAUGUGAAAUAUUACAUGCUUUUAUAGCUUUUUUCAAAUGGGAUGCGCUAUAUUUGGUUCUAUAUUUUUGAAGAACACAAUUUCCCGAUUCCAAAACUAUAUAGUUUGUCUAUAUUUGGUUGAGCCGUCUCCAACAUAUUUGGUUCUAAAAAAUUUGAAAAUACUAUCAGAGAAACCAAGUACCUCAAAUUUUACCUGCAGCUUUCACCUGUAUGUACAGGUAGAAUGGUUCACAAAAUCAGUAGUAACAUAGUAUUUUUAUAAUUUUUGGAGCCAAAUAUAUGAGAGAUUACUCAUUCAAAUAUAGAUCGGGGCAUUCUUCAAGAAUAUGGAAUGAAAUAUAGGGCAUUCCAUUGGAAAAAAGCUGGAAGUAUGCAAAAUUUCACAUUUCUGACAUUCAAAUUUUAUUUCUGACCAUGGUCUCUAAAAAUUCAGCCAAAAC